UAGCUUGAUAAGCAAGCCGUUUGCUCGGUUGCUUCUUGCCAGUGAGGCUAACUAGCUCGUAAUGUACCACUAUAUGACACCAAACAGUUCUGAAAUUGCCGUGUUUAUAUGGGUUUCUUUCUGUUUUUUAUUUACCCAAAAGUGUGCCAUGUAAGCGGCUGGUUUAGCAAGCUAGCUAGCUAUGUAGCGGUAGCUAGGUAGUGUAACUGAAAUAAACUGAAUAAUAAUCUUAUCGUAAACUAGUCUUGUAUGUAAUAUACGUAAAUAUUAGUCUCAAUGUUAUCUUGUGAACUAAACCAGUGAUUAUUUAUAAAUUGAAAAUUGCAUUAUUUGACUGAAAAUAAGUCUAAUUUCGUUUUUAUCUCAUCCCUCGUAAACGCCAUGGGCGCUGAGAAUCACCUGGAUACCUUCUUGGGCUCGUGCGCACACAUGCCGAGACCCUCAGUAAAAUUACGACAGUAUGACGUGUAUAUUUGAUAUAAAUACUGUUGUAAUACGGUAUCAGUCCCUUCUUCUUGCCUCCUACACGUGUCGGACCUCACGUGCACAUUGAGUCUAGGAUUAGUGGCUACUAGCUUAAGACUUCAAGAAGACCCACCAACUGGUGUGAGUGGUGCUCCCUCAGAAAACAAUAUCAUGCUGUGGAAUGCCGUUAUUUUUGGACCUGUAGGAACACCAUUUGAGGAUGGAACAUUUAAACUUGUGAUAGAAUUUUCAGAAGAAUAUCCGAAUAAGCCUCCUACAGUUCGAUUUAUCUCCAAAAUGUUCCACCCAAAUGUUUAUGCAGAUGGAAGUAUAUGUUUAGACAUUCUUCAGAAUCGCUGGAGUCCUACAUAUGAUGUAUCCUCUAUUCUGACAUCUAUCCAGUCCUUGCUGGAUGAGCCGAACCCCAACAGCCCAGCCAACAGCCAGGCGGCACAACUGUAUCAAGAAAACAAGCGGGAGUAUGAGAAGAGAGUUUCUGCCAUUGUGGAGCAAAGCUGGGCUGACUCCUAAUGCUCAUAAUUCACAUGCUCAAGUACCAUUUAUCAGGUUCUUCAAUCUUUUAUUUAAUGUAUCUCGGACACACACACGAAAGAAACUGGUCUGCUGCGAGUGGAAAUCCAAUCUGUAGGGACUCCUUUGCCAACGUUUUGCUGCAAGCAGAAAUGAUUGUGCUUUUGGUUUGAUCCUAAUUUUUUUUUUAAGUUUCAUGAUAAGUUAUUGUUAAAAGAGUUUAUAACGUUUUACAAUAACUCCAGAAUUAUUGGCACCCUUACUGAGAAUUGUGCAAAAAUUAAUGUAUAAAAGGAAUAACACAUUCGAUAGUUUGAGCUUAACAUUUUCUUAACUAUUUUUCCUGUGGAAAAAAGUUUCAAAAUUAUCAGUACAGACACAAUAAUAAUUGGUGAAGCCUCCCUGGGAAUAGAAUUAAAAAAAAAAAACAGUAGAAUAAAAGGGACUGUUAGUUUUGUGCAUGUGGAGUCACCUUCUUCAAUUCAGACUUUCAGUUCAAUUUAGUUUUUCAAUCUUACAAGAGAACACAAUUCUAAUUUUUGUUGCAGUAAUACUCAGACGUUUAGGUUCUGCAUUUUGUUGGUUGCUCUCAUGAAGGGCUUCUUUUGGUUAAGAAGCCCACAGAACAACAGCUAAUCAUUGAUUUUGAAACUGGAAUCCCACAAAGCAACUAAACUGCAGUUCUGAAACUGAUCUUUGGUGUCUUCUUUGCCGUCCUCACUGUGUGUGGUGGCAGUACGCUCACGAAGCCUCUUCCUGCUAAAUUUUGAGCUGUUAGAGAUUUUAAUUUUUUAUUAUUUUUUUUUAAUGUUCCUGAUUGUGCUUAAUGGUGUUUUAAAUGUAUAUGGUUGUUUUUUUUUUUUUUUUUAAUCCAUCUGUGUUAAAAUAUUUUUGGUUUUCCCUAUUGUGAUGUAUGACAAAGGGGUUUUGAAAGAAAUAAAGCUAAGAUGUAUUCUCUUAUUGUUUGUGUGAACUAAAUAUGAAUAAUUUUUGCAAAGUUUAUUGUAUGUAUUAAUUAUUGCUUACUUCCCUGAAGGGUGCCAGCAGUUCUGGAGUUUAUUAAUAUUUUACUGAUUUAUUUUUAGACUUUUUUAAGUUAACAAAAGUGUUGUAUGAUGGCAUAAAUCCUGAAAUUAUUUAUAGUAUAACCUUACCUACAAAAUAGCAUGUGUUUUUUUUUGGUCUGGAAAUUAAAUCAACCAUGGCAGUUAGACACUACAGAAUCCUACCCAUGUCACUUUUCUUGUGUCUCUUUUGUUACAAUAAUAAAAAUUAAAUGUACUAUGAUUAAUAUACAUAAAUAUAUAUAUACACACUGUCCUAUAUAGAAUUAUAGCAGCCAAAUUAAAAAUAAUUAAAAAAAAUAUUGUGUGGAUUAUAUUCUGAGUAAGUGAGACAGCUUUGAUGAUGAUAUUUCUAUAAUCAUAUUCUUUUGAAACUUAAGGAUGUAUUCUUAAUAUGCCUAUUAAAUUUUGGGGCCAUUCAAGAUGUUUGUCUUGCUAAUAAUAAAAAUGUCGACUUUUGUUAUCUCAGGUCAAAUUGA